UAUGCUGGAGAAAGUCUCAGCUACUCAGGUGCCUUGGACCAUCUGAAUAUUGUCUUCACUGGUGUGUUUGCCUUAGAGUUUGUCCUCAAACUUGCAGCAUUUAGAUUUAAGAACUACUUUGGGGAUGCAUGGAACGUGUUUGAUUUCAUCAUUGUCCUGGGCAGCUUCAUUGACAUCAUCUAUGGAGAAGUCAGCCCAGGAAAGGCGUUUAUCAGCAUCAACUUCUUCCGACUGUUCCGUGUGAUGAGACUCAUCAAGCUGCUCAGUAGAGGUGAAGGAAUCCGAACCUUGCUCUGGACAUUCAUCAAGUCCUUUCAGGCCCUGCCUUAUGUAGCAUUGCUGAUUGUCAUGCUGUUCUUCAUCUAUGCAGUUAUUGGAAUGCAGAUAUUUGGCCGCAUCAAAUUGGAUAUGGAAACAGAGAUCCACCAUAACAACAACUUCCAGACAUUUCCACAUGCCGUCUUGGUACUGUUCCCCUGUUCAGAUAAGGAUACUGUGCUUUGCGAUCCUGCAGCCGAUCAUAUGAUGAAUGCAACAGAUGACAAACCACACACUUGCGGCAACGACUUUGCUUAUGUGUACUUCAUCUCCUUCUAUGCUCUGUGUUCUUUUCUGAUCAUCAACUUGUUUGUGGCAGUCAUCAUGGACAACUUUGAUUAUCUGACUCGGGAUUGGUCAAUUCUAGGCCCUCAUCAUUUGGAUGAAUUUGUGCGCCUGUGGUCCGAGUAUGAUCCUGAGGCCAAGGGUAGAAUCAAACAUCUGGAUGUGGUGACGUUGUUAAGGAAGAUCUCCCCACCGCUGGGCUUUGGAAAACUCUGUCCCCACAGAGUUGCCUGCAAGAGACUUGUCAGUAUGAACAUGCCUCUAAACAGCGACGGCACGGUUAUGUUCAAUGCUACCCUGUUUGCUCUGGUUCGAACCUCACUCAAAAUCAAGACAGAGGGGAAUAUAGACCAAGCCAAUGAGGAACUCAGAGCUGUCAUCAAGAAGAUUUGGAAAAGGACAAGUCCGAAACUGUUGGACCAAGUGGUCCCACCUGCAGGUAGAGAUGACGACGUGACAGUCGGCAAGUUUUACGCUACAUUCCUGAUCCAGGAUUACUUCCGAAGGUUCAAAAAGCGGAAAGAACAGAUGGUCAAAAUUCAGAAAGGACAGGAACAUACGAAUGCUUUACAGGCGGGCUUGCGGGCAGUUCAUGAUCUAGGCCCAGAGAUCAGACGAGCUAUCUCAGGUAACUUGGACGAGGAAGAACAACUGGACAAGGAUGUGGAGGAGCCUAUGCACAGGAGAAAUCACCCCUUUUUUGGAAAUGCGGUCAGUGCAAUGGUUGGUGGUCGACCCAUCAUGCCAUUCCUCACUCACACACAGUCACUCAAGGGCAUUAAGGCACAACAGACUGCCAACUUUACACCUGUUAUAGCUGUCAGCACUGCUGCGACAAAGUUACUGGGGGUAAGUCUGUGUUUUGUCAUUUGUGUGAUCUUUUUCUUCUUCCAUGUUCAUCCAAAGACGCAGAUGCGUUGUCCAGAAAAUGACGAUGUGCUGGACAACGAAGUUAUGGAAGACCAAGGAGAGGAGGAGGAGGUACCAGGAGGUGAAGAUGAGGACCUUGAGUCAGUGACGGUUGAUUCCGUCAGCUCAAAACCACAGAUUAUUGAUGGUCAGAUACCAAAUUCCAGCAUUCCAGACAGGCCAGUUGAUAAAGCUAAGCCUAUGACACAAGGGAUUUAUGUCUACCGGGACCUUCCUCAAGAGGACAGUGAUUUUGAGAGAGAGCACACACCUCCGUCCCCACCUCCACGUCGACUGAGUAGAAAAGGGGCCUCACUCAAGCUGCGAUGUAUAGGUAAACAGAGUAGUGAUGAGAACCCUCUGAUGAGGAGGCCCUUGAGAAUUCCAAAUCAUCAUAACUACCAGGUCUGUACUCGACUGGUCAAUUUUGUGCGCAACUUGGGUCACAGACAAAAUAGAGAUGCACAAGAUUCUCAGCUGCAGCAGCGCGAUGAUGAUGAUGACUCAACAGCUGAUCCAGAAUUGUCCACUCAUCCUCAUAGACCUGUCGGCCGUGGCCCACUCAUUAUUCCAGCCUCUGUUCAACAACAGCAGUACCGCUUGCAGCAUCAGAGGAACAACGCUGAGACUUUGGUUGCUAAGGUUCUCCAAGACGAGGGUUUGAAUCGAUGGAUAGACCCACAGUUCUUUCAGCGAGAGAUUGCCGAGGCAACUAACAUGACUCAGGAGGAAAUGAAUAUUGCUGCAAGGGAGCUUAUCAGGCAGUCUCGUCAGAUGGGUCACAGUUACGAGAGUGAUGUCCCCUUAAGCAGUCCCAAUUCAGACACUUCCACCAACUACCGAUGGUUUCCUUCUAGUCAGCAGCAAAAGGACACUUCAGACUUGAUAAACAGACAUGCAUUGGUAAACAUGACCUCUUUGUAG